CAUGUGUUGAGCUGUCAAAAUUCAAAAUAACCAAAAACACCAUGUGCGUUGAAACGACACACGGUGUUUGAUCUGAAAAUAGUUGCUGUAAGUGAUUAUAGUGCGAUGGAUUACGUAGUAGGAAGCGUGGCAGCCUUAAUUACCGGUAACGUGACACCACAUCGUCCCACACGACUCAACAAGAUAGCAUUAACGCCAACAAAACACCAACCUUCACCGAACGUUACUCCAAAGAGUGAGUUUGUCGACGAUAGAUCCAUAUUUCUUUCACCAAGUAUGCAGAAAAAGAAGGCUAUAGUCAAGAAGUCGCCGAAGAGGAUAUUCGAGAAUCCAGAUUUAGAUGUAACUGAGAAUGGUGAAGGAAAUCCGAGUCUUUCUAGUCCUAAGGCUGACAAGGUGAAGAAACAUUUGAAGGAGGAUUUAGAAGGUAGUGGCGCUGCUACUGUUCCGAAGUCACCUAAAAGUAAAGGUAAGAAAAGAGAAUCAACAGCACAAGAGGAAAAUAAUGAAAAUGUAAUUGAUCAAGUUAGUAAUCAAAAUACACCUAAGAAGAAGAAAAAGAAACAGGCCUCUGAAUCAGAUCAGGCAGAGGCAGCAACACAACCUACAGAGAAUGUAACCAAUGAGGUCACAGCCCCUGUAGCCAAAAGCCCUAAAAAGAAUAAACAAAGACGUAAAUCAGUCGCAGAACCUGACAGUAAUAAAGAAAAUGAUAACACUGAACAAGUAAUCGAACCACAAACCACAAACAGCCCAAAAAAACAAAAUAAUAAAGAAGUUAAACCAGAAACAGCAGAAAAAACUCCAGAAACAACAGAAUCAAAUACAAACACACCUAAAAAGAAAAAUAGGAAACGCAAGAAGAAAUCAAAAGCACAAACUGCAGCAGACAGUAGUGAGAACAAAGAAGUAGAGAAAACAGAUACUUCUGAAGCAGCUACAGAAGAAAAAGUCAAGGAAACAAGUGAGAAUGAACCUAAAAAAUCAAAAAAGAAGAAUAAGAAAAAGAAAUCCAAAGCACAGAAGACAGUAGAAGAAAAAAUGGAAGUAGAUGAAGAGAAACCAGAGGAGAGUGACAAUGAAGAAGAAUCAAGUACAACAGUCAACCCAAAUGCUAUAACUGACAAAGAUUCAGACUCUGAACAUGAUUCCGAUGACGACAUAGACUCGGAGAAUGAGGAAAUUAACAAAAAGGUUCUUGAAGCAGAGAAACAAGAUAGUUCUGAUGAGGAGGAAGAAGAAGAAAAACCUCAGAAAGGAGAAAAGAAGAAAGUGGAGAAAGUGAAUGCAGAAGAGAGUGGAGUUGAGAGGAAUACAGAGGAUGAGAUUAAGAGGACUCUGUUUGUAGGCAAUGUACCAUUCAGUGCCAAAGUUAAGAAGGAAGUGAAGAAGAUAUUUAGUAAACAUGGACAGAUAGAAACUAUUAGGAUCCGCACAGUCCCCAUAAAGGAUGGCCGCUACACCCCCAAGCUGGCAUUGAUCAAACACGAGCUGCAUCCCGAGAGGACUACCGUCAAUGUCUAUAUCAAGUACGCCAGUGAGGAGUCUGUUGAGAAGGCAUUAGUAGAGAACAACACGGUACUAAACGACCACCACCUGCGAGUCUCCCGGAGCAGCAGCACGGGAGCUGAGCACGACCCCAAGUGCUCCAUCUUCAUCGGGAACCUGCCGUUUGCUAUGGAAGACGAAGCUUUGAGGGCCAAGUUUGAGAAGUGCGGAGAGAUUCACUCAGUCAGGAUUGUCAGGGAUAAGAAGACUAAUGCGGGGAAAGGUUUCGGCUACGUGAACUUCGAAUCAAAAGAUGGCGUAGAACUGGCUCUAGCAUUAACAGAAGAAGAUCUAACGGUAAAGAACAGAAUACUACGCGUCAAACGGUGCACACAGGUCACUCACAAGAAGAAACCGGCUCAAACCGGUAACAACCAGAGUAACCAACCACAGAGAGGGUUCAGAGGUAACCAGGGACAGCAAAGAGGGAAUUUUAGACCUGAUAACCAGAGAAAUGGCCCUCCAGCUCGCUUUAACCAGGGUAAUAGACAAAAUGGACCUCCCAGUCGUAAUAAUCAGGGCGAUAGACAGAAUGGACCUCCGAGUCGUAAUAAUCAGGGUAAUAGACAGAGGAAUGCUAGAGGGAAUAAUAAUCAACAGGGAGGGUUCAACAAGUUUGGCGGGCAGAGGAAUCAGGCGCAGAGUGAGGAGGGACAUGAUGGAGCACACAGGAGGAUCAUGAAUAAGAGGAAGAGUCAGGAGGGAGCGGGAGGUGGUGAAGGGCCUCCCAACAAGAGGCCGAGGGACCAGAGUCAGCCUAACAAAGAAAAGAAACCCAGAAAGGAAUUCGUCGGUAUGACGGCUGAAAAGAAAAAGAAACGCAAGUUCGACAAAGGGCAGAAGAAAAAGAAGGCGUUGAGCGAGAUAUUAACGAAAUAGUGUGAUAGUAAUAAUUAUGUGAUGCGCUUCCGACUACUGUGACCGUGACGUAUGUAACUUAUUGUGUUAUCAUUAUGUGCAUUAAAGUAAUGGACAUUUUACUUUUAA